AUGCCCACCUCGUCGCUUCGCCUCGUCUGCCUCGCCGCGCUGCUGGACAUAGCCGGCACGCUCGUCGUGCACCACCGCUCCGCGACACUCGCCGGAUCCGGCCUCAUGGCGCGUGCAUGGCAGCCGCUGCGCGCAGUGCAGCUGCAGCCGGCGCAGCCCAUCGCAGUGUUCCGCGGCCGCGCCGGCGACAUCCGGAUGGGCGUGCCCAAAUUCUUCCGGUGGCUGACGGAGAAGUACCCGCAGAUCAACGUCAAGAUCUCGGAGGGCCGCCGCCGCUCCGACUAUGUCGACAACUUCUACCUGGACAUGAACGGCAUCAUCCACCAGUGCACGCACGGCGACGAGGUCGGCCCAAACGAGAAGCUGAGCGAGGAGCAGAUGUUCGAGCGCAUCUUUGCCUACACCGACCGCCUCAUCUCCAUCGCGCGGCCGCGCAAGGUGCUCUACCUCGCCAUCGACGGCGUCGCGCCGCGAGCAAAGAUGAACCAGCAGCGCUCGCGGCGGUACCGGGUGCCGAGGGAGCUGGCGCAGCAGGCGCUGCGCGACAAGGCGAACGCCAAGGCGCGCUUCCGCCAGGCCGGCGACGCGCCGACGACCGGCCAGCCCCUCGGCUCGCAGCGGCCGCCGCCGCCGCCCGAGGUUGACACCUUCGGAGGGCCUCCGCCACCGCCGCCAUUUGACUCGAACUGCAUCACACCGGGGACGGACUUUCUGCACCGUCUGGGGGGCAAGUACGAGGAGUGGAUCGCGCACAAGAUGACCACCGAUCCGGCCUGGCGCGACGGGCCGCGAGUCGUCUUCUCUGGCGCCGCGGGCGAGCACAAGAUCAUGGACUUCAUCCGGGCGGAGAAGGACUUUGUCUUUCUCGAGCUGGAGCAGCUGCGCCAGUGCCUGGCGGGCUCAAUGCGCCCUCCGGUGGCGCGCGAGGCGGAGCGCGCCGUGGACGACUUUGUCUUUUUGUGCAUGUGCGUGGGCCUAGAUACGGGCGAGGGGGACGGCCGCGCCCUGUGCACUCUUGUCGGCGAGUCGCGCGGCUACCUGACAGACAAGGGCUCCAUCGACAUGGCCCGCUUCGAGCGCUUCGUCGGCAUGAUUUCGACCGGCGCCCCCUUCUCGCCGCUCUGCCAGCUCCUGUCGGUGCUCCCGCCGCAGUCGGGCGAUUUGGUGCCGCUCGCGUACCGCGAGCUGAUGCUCUCGCCCUCGUCGCCCAUCUACGACGCCUUCCCCGUCGAUUUUGCGCUCGACGCCAACGGCGCGCGCACGCGCGCUCUGGGGGCGCGAGCCGAGUGGGAGGCGGUCGCGUUGCUGCCCUUCAUCGACCAGGAGAGGCUUCUGGCCGCCGUCGGCGACAUCGACCACGACGCGCGCCUCUCCGCGGAGGAGAACGCGCGCAACGCGCAACUGACCGAUCUCAUCUUCAGUCCGGGCAACCCCGAGGGAGAGCGGGGGCCAGCGAGCAAGCCAGUCGCCGCGGCCGCUCUGGCGCGUCCCCAGGCUAGGUGA